AUGGCUGAGCAGGUGUCCGCAGUGGAGGACUAUCUGACCUGUCCCGUCUGCCUGGAGACCUUCAGAGACCCGGUGACCCUGGGCUGCCACCACAGCUUCUGCUCCGACUGCCUGCAGGGGUUCUGGGACCGAAUGAAGAGCAGGGACUGUCCCGUCUGCAGGAGGAAGUCUUCUAAACAGAUCAUCUUUGUCAACUUUGCUUUGAAGGAGCUGUGUGUUGCAGUGGGAGACAAAGUCCAGUCCAGAGCGAGAGCUGGAGCCUGCCUCUCUCACCCGCAGGUUCCCUCUCUCUUCUGUACAGAUGAGGCUCGGCUCCUGUGUCCUCUCUGUGAGUUUUCUCAGCACAGAGAACACACAGUGGUGUCUGUGGAGGAGGCAGCGACAGAUCUGAAGCAGCAGCUGAGUUCACAGCUGCAGAGUCUGCAGAGGAGCAGAGAGCAGGCUCAGAGUGUGGAGCAGGCCUACAGAGACUGUCAGCAGCACAAUCUCGCUCAGACCCAGCUCUGUGAGAAGAGCAUCACUGCACACUUUGAGACCUUACACAGCUUCCUGAAGGCCGAGGAGCAGCUACGUCUGUCUGAGCUCAGACUGCAGCAGGAGGAAAAGGCCCAGAGACUGGAGAUAGAGCUGGCCACAGUCUCUCAAACACUGGUCUCUCUACAGGAGCACAUCCAGCAGCUGGAGGAGCAGCUGCAGAAGAACUCAGAGGACUUCCUGGUGUCCUACAGCCGAGACAGACCACGGAGCCACCAUGAGCCCAAAAAGCCUCCGCCUCCACUGGUACCACAGCUGCUCAUAGACCAGGCCAGAGUCCUGGGAAACCUGGACUUCAGCGUCUGGAGGAAGAUGAGGAGCAUGGUCCACUUCAGUCCAGUGGUUCUUGACCCAAACACAGCCCAUCCAAAGCUCCAGGUGUCAGAGGACAUGACCAGUGUGAGGAGAGGAGAGGACCAGCAGAGGCCUGAGAACCCAGAGAGGUUCAGUGAAGACAUCUGUGUCCUGGGCUUAGAGGGACUGAGGUCUGGGACACAUCAGUGGGACGUGGAGGUGGGGGAUCACCCGAAGUGGAUCAUAGGAGUCAUGGAAGAGUCCGUCAGAAGGAAGAAGGCCCCACUGCUGACACCAGAGAAUGGAGUUUGGACCGUUGGACUUGUAAACAACAAAUAUGUUGUUUUUGACGAGACUCUGGAGCUGAAGCAGAGCCCUCAGAGGAUCCAGGUGCAGCUCGACUUGGACUCAGGAGCUCUGAGUUUCUACGACUGCAGCGACACGUCUCAUAUUUACACUUACAAACACACAUUCACCAGAACACUCCUCCCUUUUUUCUACGUUGGACCCUCGAGUGCGGACUGUCAAAGCAAAGGCCUCAGGAUCUGUCCAGCUCCUGUCGAAGAACCUGUCCACUAG